AUGGGUGGCCGUAAAAGACACAAUUCUUACUCUAGUGAAUACGGAUCAGAUGUAGAAGAUCAACUGAGACAUCUUUUAAAAAAGAUUAGGAAAAAACGCCGAUCGAGAAGCAGAUCAUCCCGCCGAUCAUCUCGCAGAACAAGAUCCUCACGUGGAUCAUCACGGAGAUCGAUAUCACCUUCGAACAAACCUCAAUGCUCGAGAAGCAGCAGUGGAUCACUCAACGAAGAGAAUCCAAGAAAUGUACGUAGUAAUUCCAGAUCUCCCUCUGUUUCCGAUUCACGCUACCACUCACAUCCUCAUUGUGACAAGUCGACGAGUCCUGAAUUCUGA